CAAAACCCUUAGUCCUGCUUCAGAGCUGUCUCUCUCUGUUACCAAACUUGAGAGUGUCGAGAUUGAGAAAUAACCAUGGCGGCUACGACAACUCUGGGGUUUGUUUUGCCGACUGGUUUAUCUCACCGUCGCGGUGGAUUUAGGGUUUCGGUCAUCCGAUGCUCCGCUUCUCCUCUCACUUCAUCUACUGGCGCCGCCGCCUCUGGUCUUGUGGAGAAACCUUGGAAUUCAUAUGAUGCUAGGCUUGUGUUAGAAGACGGUUCCAUUUGGCCGGCUAAGUCCUUUGGUGCUCCUGGGACACGUGUUGCGGAAUUGGUCUUCAACACCUCCUUGACAGGGUAUCAAGAAAUUCUUACUGAUCCUAGUUAUGCCGGGCAAUUUGUGCUAAUGACAAACCCACAAAUUGGUAACACCGGUGUGAAUCUCGAUGAUGAAGAAUCUGAGCAAUGCUUUCUUGCUGGUUUGGUGAUAAGAAGUCUAAGCAUCAGUACUUCAAACUGGAGAUGCACAAAAACACUUGCUGACUAUCUAAUCGAAAGGAACCUCAUGGGAAUUUAUGAUCUUGACACUCGAGCAAUAACUCGUCGAUUAAGAGAAGAAGGUAGUCUUAACGGUGUGCUGAGCACAGAACAAACCAAAACAGAUGAAGAACUUCUGCAAAUAGCCCGUUCAUGGGAUAUUGUAGGCAUUGAUCUAAUAAGUGAUGUUUCCUGUAAAUCUCCCUACGAGUGGGUCGACAAAACAAACUCUGAAUGGGAUUUUAACACGAAUUCACGGGAUGGGAAAUCCUACAAAGUUAUCGCAUACGAUUUUGGCAUCAAACAUAACAUCCUAAGACGCCUAUCCUCUUACGGAUGUCAAAUCACCGUUGUUCCGUCGACAUUUCCAGCUUCUGAGGCCCUUAAAAUGAAUCCUGACGGAAUUUUGUUCAGCAACGGUCCAGGAGACCCUUCCGCUGUGCCAUAUGCUGUUGAGACAGUCAAAGAGCUUCUUGGUAAAGUUCCUGUCUACGGAAUCUGUAUGGGUCAUCAGUUGCUUGGUCAAGCUUUGGGUGGUAAGACCUUCAAGAUGAAGUUUGGUCAUCAUGGAGGAAACCACCCAGUUCGUAAUAACAGAACUGGCCAAGUGGAGAUCAGUGCUCAGAACCACAACUAUGCAGUUGACCCGGCUUCGCUGCCUGGAGGCGUAGAAGUGACACAUGUCAAUCUCAAUGAUGGAAGCUGUGCGGGUCUAUCUUUCCCGGCGAUGAAUGUCAUGUCUCUCCAGUACCACCCUGAAGCCUCCCCUGGACCUCACGACUCUGAUAACGCGUUUAGAGAGUUCAUAGAGCUUAUGAAGAGAUCGAAACAGAGCUCCUGAUCAAUGGGAAGUGAAAACAACUCUUCGCUUUGUACUAUUUCGCUGUUAAAUUAAACACAAAAGUGUUUUGUUAGUGACAAUGGAGUGAAAUUAUUGUUUUGGCCGUGACUAUGUUAAAGAACCAUCCCACCUAUUAAAUAAAUAUAUAAAAGCUAAGAAAAAAGUGGGAACCCUUUACCUGCUCAAUCGAGAUUAAAUA